AGCUGGUGCUGUCUGCCCUAAAUAAAGAUCAAAUUACAGCCAGCAGGGCUGAGCUUAAUUCGUGGCAGUGGCAGGUAGCAGGACAUGCCGGAAGUGUCACUGCGACUCUAGAUUACAGUCGGUUUUCUGCAUGUGACGCACAAGUCGUUGGGUUUAAGAAAUGAGGGCUUUGACUUUGGGACAGCAGCAGCAGCAGCUGGCCACAUGUGGGCGAAGUCUCACCUCCAACUAUUGUCCUCCAAGUUUGGAGAAUAAGAUUUUAUCCCAGACCUCAACAAUGACACCCCAAUUUUCCUCGCUCUUUCCAGCACAACCUUCUUCCCUUCCUUCUCUUCAGGCAACCUGCCUGUCCUCCACCUCCUCCUUUCUUCUCUCCACCGAUUCAGCCCUCCUCGGCACCCAGAACAAGCUCCUAACAGCCGGUUCUGCGGGUCUUGGUUCUUCCUUGACCUCCACUGUCCCCUCUCACUCAUUGGUUCCCUUGUCGCUGGCUGGAGACCCUCUGAUCAAUCGCUUUGCUGAUCCCCCUUCAUUCCUGAAGUAUGGUCUGAGUGGAGAAAAGAAGAGGGACAAAGGAGAGGAGGAUGAGGAAAUAUCAGAAGAGAUGGCAUCCUCUUAUGAAGAAACGAGCGUGCAGCCUGAUGAUGAUCACUUGUCUGAAGAGGACAUCAACGAAGAGGAUGCUGAGACCACCAUGGAGUCACCAAACCUUGAAAUAGAAAACAACCAAAAACGUGAUGACUCCGUGGACAUCAGACAGGAAGAAUUUGCAGAGCUUGAGAGAGGAACCGAAAUUGCUGAAGAAGAUAUGAAAGAUAAAAAGUACCUCCUGCUGAACGCUGUUUGUUGCUCUCUGGUCAAUAAGAGCAAACCUCCAGGCCAGAAGGACUGGAACUCACAGGACAGUGUUUGGACCACCAUCACUAAACUGGCCGAGGACAUUUCUGAUGUUGACCCACAGUUUCUUCUUAAGGUUGCAGUUUACACCAGACAAGAAUUAAACAUCAGGAUCACUACAAACUUCUUAUUGGCUCUGGCCGCCAGUCUGGCCUCCACAAAGCCUCAUAUCCGGAGGUAUUUCUGCGUUGCCGUGCAGCUUCCCUCCGACUGGCUGGAAAUAGUCAGAAUCUACACUACAUGCUUCAACAGCUGUCUGCCGACGUGUCUGAAGAAGGCGAUGGUCGACAAGUUCAAGCAGUUCAACGAGUACCAACUGGCCAAAUACAACACGCGCAAGCACCGCUGUAAACACAGCCGGAAGAUGGCAAAAGGAAAGAAACCAACUGAUGCAGAGCUGCAAAAAUGGGCCAAAUUUCUCAACUCUGAAGCAGGUAUUCUGAAGAAAGUGUUCCACAUUGAGGGCGGCAGAGUGGUCGUGGAUAAAAAACAGAGCGAGUUCAGUAUGAAGAAGUUGAUCAAGAAACUUCACAUUAAAGAACCUGCUGAACUUGUUAUGGCCAUUCUGGGAAGAAAGUAUCCCGGUGAUGCGAAGGCGUUCACCCACAGUGGAAUAAAGGGUGUGUGGGACCCAGACAGAGCCGGGCAGCGGAUGAAGCUCAAAGAGCCUCAGACAUGGGAGCGGCUGCUCAGUCUGGAAGGCAACAAAGCCGCCACCUGGGAGAAGCUCAUAGACAGCAGAUCUCUUCCAUUCAUGGCCAUGUUGAGGAACCUGAGGAACAUGAUCACCAAAGGAAUCAGCGAAGCUCAUCACAAAAAGAUCCUUAACAGACUGACCAAUCAGAAAGCAGUCAUUCAGAGCCGACAGUUUCCUUUCAGAUUCCUCGCUGCUUACAAAGUUAUCAUGGAGCUUCGUGCUGUAGUCUCUGCCUCCCAGAAAGCGAUCCCAUCUGGGAAAGAAAUCCUGGUGAGCAUCCUGAAGAAGAUUCCCAAGGGUAAACGCAGCAGAUGUCACGACUGGCAAACGUGUACGAAAAAGAGGAUGAAGUUGACGCUUGGAGUGCCGUUUAUCUAUCGAAUGUACAAAAACAACAAAGCCCAACUACUAAAGGCCAGUAAGAAGCUUUACACUAUUGAGUUGUUGGACCGCUACCGCAAAGCUCUGGAGACGGCCGUUCAGAUCUCCAGCUGCCACAACGUGCCCCCACUCCCUGGCAAAACCCUAAUCUUCGUCUCCGCUACCAUGUGGAACGAUGAGUCCUGGAGCAAGAAGCAGGACUUCUGCCUCCCUCAAGACCCGGAGGAGAAAGACGAGGAGGAUAAAGAAGAAGAGGGCACCACUAAGUGUAGAAGAACCAAGGACGAGCACGAUCCUCUGACUCCAACUAUGAUGGAGGUGGCGGCUUUGCUCGCUGUGAUGAUCAAGAGCAGCUCAGAAGAUUGCCGGCUCUGCAUGACUCAGUACAACUACUGUAAGGAAGUCGAGCUGAGUUCAGACAACAUUUUGGAAAACGUCAAAAGUUUGGUCAAGGAAAUUAAGGAAUUGACCAAUUAUAGUGGAGAACAGGAUACCAGACUUUACCACACACUGUUGUCCAAGAAAAGCAAGGUGAAUAACAUCAUCACGAUCUCACACUCCUGGAUGGACAAUGACAUUGAUUGGGCUAUCAACAACUACAGAAAGGGAAACAACAAAAAAGCUCUUUGUGUUAACAUCUGCUUACUGGACAGCUUGACUGGAUACUCUGAGGAAACUCCCGACAGGAAUUGUGUGGUGCUGAGAGGCUUCAGCGAGCAAAUCCUGAGAUUUGUGGUAGAGCGCGGAUCUUCCAGGCUGCUGGACCACGUGGAGCACUUAGACAAAUUGUACAACAUCCCACCACCAGAUGGAGCCAAAGAACCACAGACUUCUAACAAAGUUGUUUCAGUGCCAGCCGCCCCAAAAUCGAGGUGGAGAGGUGUUCGAGUGUUCAUCUCCUCCACCUUCAGAGACAUGCACGCCGAAAGAGACGUCUUGGUGCGGAGCGUCUUCCCUGAGCUCCGCCGUCGCGCAGCCGCCCACUGCCUCCACCUGCAGGAGGUGGAGCUUCGCUGGGGCGUGACGGAGGAGGAGUCGGAGCGGGCAGUGGAGCUCUGUCUGUCGGAGGUGUGCCGCAGCCAGCUACUGGUGGGGAUCCUGGGGGAGAGGUACGGCCAGGUGCCCCCCAAACCUGUCCUUCCAGACCUGCCGCAGUACAGCUGGCUGGCCUCUGCUCCAGCUGGUCUCUCCAUCACAGAGAUGGAGAUCCGUCAGUUCCAGGCUCUUUACCCCGGCACGGCAAAUCAGCGAAUGUUCUGCUACAUCAGAGAUCCAAGCGUCAUCAAAUCAGUUCCUGUGGCCUGGAGAUCAGAUUUUACUGCAGAAUCAAUGGAGGCUGAGGAGAAACUGACGUCUCUGAAGAGAAGGCUUUUAGAUAACGGAGUCAAAGUCACUGAAAACUACUCAUGUAUGUGGGGAGGCGUUGUGGAGGGGAAGCCAUACCUGAAAAAACUGGAGGACUUUGGGAAAGCUGUGCUGGAAGACCUUUGGGUAGUUGUUUCAGAGCUGUUCGUGGAUGAGGAUGAGGAGGCAGAGACUGAUUUGGAGGUUUCUGAGCAGAAGAUUCACCAGGGGGCGCUGCAGAGACAGUUCUUCGGCAGGGGAAAGCUACUGUCGAGUGCUGUGGAGAAGGUGGAGCAGGUCCAAAAUAAGGGAGGAAUGAUGCUGAUAGAAGGAGGACCUGGAGAGGGGAAAACCGUCUUCAUGGCUGCUCUAGCAGAAGCCAUCCGAAGUGGACUAAAAUCCAAAAUAAACCUCCACUGUGACGUCCUCUCGUACUCCACUGCUGCCAGUCAGUCGGCGCGCUCCGUGGAAAAUCUCCUUCGAUGCCUCGUGCAGUGGCUGAGAAAGAAGCGCACAAAGAAGGAAUCACCGCUUCCUCACUUGUAUAAGGACUUGCUAUCAGAGUUUCACUCCACCCUGAGUGAAACAAAGAAGAUGCCUCUGGUGGUGCUGGUUGAUGGAGUGGAUCUGGUCCUGGAUGGCAAAGGACAGUUUAGCUCUGACUGGAUCCCAACGCUGCUUCCAAAAGGUGUGUGUUUAGUUCUGAGCAUCACGUCCAAAGCACCACUGCUGCAAACCUUAGCCAAGAAAAGAGGCACGGUCCUGUUUUCCCUGGGGCAGCUCAGCAUGCCAGACAAGAAGGAGAUCGUUCAGAAGGAGCUGGAUGUUUUUGGGAAGAAGCUCAGUGACUCUGCGUUUAACAGCCAGCUUCAGACUUUAAUAACAAAGAAAGGAGCAGUGAGUCCUCUCUAUCUGCACCUGGCCUGUGAAGACCUUAGGAAUUUUGCCUCCUUUGAAAAGAUGAAGGAAACUCUGCAGGGUUUACCUCAGUCUCUGAGCCUGCUGGUCCAGUACAGCCUGGAGAGACUCUGCAUCCAGUACAGAGACAUACCAGGACUCCGUCUGACACUUGCAGUCCUCACUGUCAGCAAUUCUGGAUUGAAGGAGAGAGACUUGUACUCUGUGCUGAGCACCUGUAAUGACCUGUCCUCACGGGAUGGGCAGGUCACAUGGGAGGAAGUGCUGCAGCUGUCCAGGAAGCCAGAAGGACGCAUACCCAUGGCAGUUUUCACCCGUAUUGUGCAGAAUUUUCAAAGCCUGAUGGGUCUGUCUCCUUACCAACUCACGGAUGACAUGUUGGCUCUGAACAACCCGGAGGUGAAAAGAGGCUUUGAGGACUUCUUCCUCCCAGCAGAAAACGACACAACCAGAGCUCACCUCGUACUGGCAGGUCAUCUGUGGGCGAUGGCUGACCCUGAGGGAAAAGAUAGUUUCCUUCACACUGAGGCCAACUCCAUCAUGCAUCUUCCCUCAAGCUUGAUUCACAGUGGACAGCUGAGGGCACUUCAUUCCCUGCUCUCAAACUAUCAUUUUCUGCGUGCCAAUGUGAGCCACGGCCUCCUGCACCACCUCCUAGAGAUAUACGACUUGUAUGAUAAAGGGUUUGCAACUACAACUCCGUUUGACCCGGAAGGACGUCUGGAAAACUGUCGCAGUUUCCUGAAGCGCCACGCCUCCACGCUUUCCCCGUUGCCGGCACUUUUUAUCCAGCAGGCGCUCAACGAGCCUUCAGAAACAUCUGCUCACAUCUGGGCUGAAGGCCUGGUGAGAAAAGGACGAGUCCGUGUAAUUGAGUGUCUGAAUAGCAGCAAAGGCGAUGCUCAGGAAAUGAGUGAGUUGGUUUCAACCUUCUCCUCUGAACCAACUUGUGUGGUUGUGAGUCCGGACCAAAGCCUGAUAGUGGUUGCUACCGGAGAGGGAACGCUGCACAUCGUCCACGCGCAGACAGGACAGGAAGUGAAGUCUCUGGUGAGCAGCUGUGACGGCAUUUCCAGCUGUGUCUUCCUAAAUGAUGCACAGCUUGCUUCUACCUCCUUUGAUGGAAGAAUAGAGGUGUGGGACAUCCAGAACGGAUGCAGGACAGCUCUGAUUGGCGGCCACUCUAAUGCGAUAACGGCCAUUGACAUCACUCCGGACAGGAAACACCUCGCAACUGUGUCCCUUGACCUCACGCUUAAGGUAUGGUCUUCUGCUAAAGCUAACGAGGUGGCCUCUCUGCCCAGCAUCAGCCCCCUGAACUGUGUGACCUUCAACCCUGAGGGUCACCUCCUGGCUGCAGGCUGCUGGAAUGGAAAUGUGGUUGUGUGGAAUUGGCUGCAAAAUAAAAUACAAGCUUCCCUGUGUGGUCACCAGCGAUCGGUACGCAGCCUCUCCUUCUCCCCCUCUUCCUCCAUGCUCUGUUCUGGCUCCAUGUCAGGAGAGGUGAGGGUGUGGUCGGUGUCCACCUCCACCUGUGUGGGAUGUUUCCAGGCUCACCGCGGAGCCACUGAGACGCUCACUUUCCUGGAGGAAGGAUCCAUGCUGCUGAGCGCUGGCUCCGAUCACACGCUCAAGCUCUGGUCAGGAGGACUUGGACGUUCAGUUGCGGCUUUAAAAAGUGAUGAAUGCUUAAUGGGACCUCCUCAGAAGAAGGCGAAAUAUGUAGCAUCUGAGCCGGCCGCCCUCUGCGUGGCGGUUAAUGGAGACUACGCUGCUGUGGGUUACCACAGUGACGGCAUCAGACUGUUCAGGAUUGAUUCAGGCGAAACGAUUUGGGUUUCCACAGAUCUCAGUGUGUCUGUACACUGCCUGUUGUGGAUUCACGCGGACCCAGACCAGAACAAGCCGGAGCUCCUGGUUUCUGGAGGAAGCGACAAACGUUUGAGGCUGUGGAGGAAAAACGAAGGCGAGGAGGAAAUGCUUGAAGGCCUGAUACACCUGAAAACGUUUGGGGUGCAAACGGAUGGCAUCCUGGCAAUGGUGCAAAGCUCCACUGUUUUGGCCACAGCUUCGGAUGAUUUCACCAUUGCGCUGUGGCCUUUGAAGAAUCUGACCAACAACUCCUCAAAAAAAACAAAGGCUGUGUUGAGAGGACACCAAGGAGGAGUUACCUGCAUGGCUUUCAGUCCUGAUGGUGCACAGCUGCUUUCAGGUGGAAAAGAUCAGGCAUUAAUGGUAUGGAAUGCCCAUCCUUUUCAAGCAACUCUGCUUAAAUCCUUCCAUAACGCUCACCGAGACUGGAUCACCGGCUGUGCCUGGACUCCUGACUGUACAAUAAGCUCAUCAAAUGAUGGGAGGCUUUGUUUUUGGGACUUGGAAGCAGGUUCGUGUCUCAGAGAAAUCUCCUGGAGGAACCCACUUACUUCUAUCUGCUGCGUGGGACAGCAUGUAAUUGCCGGCUGCUCAGAGGGUGCACUGCAUGUUUGGGAGUGGGAGAAAAACACUGAAAUCUGCCACAUAUCUGCCCACAAGCAACGUGUAAACCACUGCUCUAUCCUCCCAAACACUGACAAGGAGAAGGAAACAAAACCAGGGGAACUGACUGUUUUCACAGCAUCUGAUGAUGGCACUGUGCAGCUCUGGAAACCUUUGCAGGUUGAGCACUUCAGCACCUUCCAGGGUCACACUGGUGCUGUUCACGGAGUCGCUCAAAAAGGAGUCGUCCCAGAAUUCCUCACCGUGUCUGAGGAUGGUUCGCUGAGAUGCUGGACCUGGAAAACGGACACGUCUGCAAACCUGAAAGGCCCCAUCUCAGCUCUGUGCUUCUCUCAGACUGAUGACUUGCUGCUUGUUGGUUACGAGUCUGGUUUGCUGGAGCUGUGGCAGCAUAACUCAGUGGUUGACCACAAGCAGGUGUCAGAUGGGCCGAUCACAGCUGCCUGUUCGAUGCCUGACAGUCAGUUUGCCGUCACCAACAUGAACACCAUGGUUGUUGAUGUGUGGAAGCUGGUGUGGAACCAACAAUGCAGCAAAGCGAGCCUGGUGAAGGUGAAGAGCCACAAAGUGAAAACCCCGAUGGUACGCCUUGUUUACUGCUCGCUGCUGGUCGGUGUCACCUUCCAGGGAGAGCUAUGUGAUGUAGCCAAUGUUAUCAAGGAUGAAUGGGGGAAUACAAACAUUAGCUGGAAUCAGAGUGUCAGUAUUCUGAGCGUGGUUCGCAAUGAUAACAAAAGUGUUUGGCUGACUGGGGAAAAGAAUGAUGAAGUUCAUAUUGGCUUUUUUUUCGGCAUGGGCUCCAUUGCUCCUAUAAAUUCAAGUUUGAGCUCAAUCACCAUGAACUCCGGCGACAACGAACAGGAGAACAAGAAGAGAAGCCUGAUAACAGCCAUAACUGUGGAUCAAGAGUUUGUCGUGUGUGGAGAUGAGGAAGGAAACAUCUGGUUCAAUCAGCAUCCAGACAUUUCCUCAUGGAGCGAAAAAAAACCUGCCCAUCUCGACAGGAUCAGUGAGCUGAGACUCACUGACCGCAACAUCAUCUCAGCCUCCUACGACCGGACACUGAAGCUGUGGGACAGAAACACCAAAAAACAGGUGGGAAUGUUUGUGUGUGGAGGUCCUGUUCUGUUUUUGGAGGUCAACCCAAGAAAACCCAGUGAGCUGGUCUGUGCUGACGGACAGGGGAAGCUUUACUCCCUCUGCUGGAAAGAUUAGCCCUCUUAAUCAAUCGGCUAGAGACCCGAAUAUUAGUGAUAAUUAACCGGACUGCCUACCAAGGAUUUGUUUUGUCUUUACAGCAUGCAAUACUUGACUAAAGAAAACUAAUACUUAAGACUCUUGCAGAUUAGGAAGUAUAUCUGCUUGUCUUUUUCUUGUUUACAUGUGCUUUUGUUUAGAUGGUGGGGACUCGCUGGUUUUAAUUUUCAUCUGAUCAGAUUUAGCUUUUCUUUUUUGACAAGUUUAAUCAGUUACAAUUAAUGGUUGUAAAGAAAAUGAAUUAAAACCAUUUUGUUCUCUUGCAGUAAAUCUCAUAUAAGGUCA